AAAAGGACAAGGAGGGGAAGCUUAGAGGUGCUUCAAGAUGGGACGGACCCUGGUGGCUUUAAUACUAUCUGUUCUCCUCGGCCAAGCCUUCUGCCUGGAGUGCAAUAUAUGCCAAGGAGAAUAUGACUGUGUUGGAGAAACCGUAACGUGCGAAGGACCCUGGGCCAGCUGCACCACAUCUGUCCGCAAGGCUUCGGUUUCGUUCAUGAACUUCCAGACCAUUAAAAAAGGCUGUGCCAGCCAGCUGUACCCACAGGAAUCCGUCUCCAUCAACUCGCACAUGAUGGCUCUGUCGUAUCAGUCACGGUUCUGCUCCGAGGACAGAUGUAACAAUGAGACCUAUUUCGUUUCCCAUCCAGCCCCCGCCAACCACAUGCGCUGCCAUACGUGUGCCACCCAAGGCCCCUGGUGUCCCGAAGGUGCCCGCAAUCAGAUCAGCUGUGUUGGGGACCAGGAUCAGUGUGUGAACCUUGACGUCACCGGAAGCUCAGGUCAAUUUUCCAACAUGAAGCUGAGAGGGUGUGCCAACCUUCCCCUUUGCCAUGACACAUUGAGCUUUUUCUCAGGCACCCGUACUAUCCAUGCCACCUGCUGUGACACGCCGCUCUGCAACAGCUUCACCCCAGAUCUGCAUCUACACAGUCAGGCGACAAACGGGCUGGAGUGUUACAGCUGCGUGGACGGAGACGGCACUGGCUCCGGGUGCUCCAAUGAAACCAUCGCGACAGUGCAGUGCACCGGCGUCCAUAACAUGUGCCUGGAAGGGAUCGGCAGCCACAAAGGUAGCAAGGACUUGAUUAUGACCUUCAAAGGCUGUGCCUCCGAAGCCAUGUGCCAAAGUUCUCUCUUGACCUUGGUGCAAGAGCUAGACGACACGGAAGUUCUGUGCUGCCAAGGAAGUCUCUGCAACACGCGCAUCGUGAAUGGUGUGGUGACGGCAGCUAGAGUGGCUGCAGACUCUCCCAACCUCUCCGAAGCAGAUGAGUGUGUCGCCCCGUCCACCACGCCCUCCCCAUCUGAUCACACAACAAGCCCCAACUGUGUCUACGAGGAUGAGGAAGACGAAGCAAGGGUUGUGCAUUCCCCUCCUGGCAUAGCUGAUAAUGAGACAUCAGUCGAGGAACCCUUUGAGACCCAUAUGAUCAAUGAGACAGAGGGUAAUGAGAACUUAACCGCUGCAGGCAACGCUGUGACGACUUCCUUUCACCCAGAUGAACACGAGUCCCACGACGAUCUGUUCACUGGCUAUUCUGAAGUUGAGACGGCUUCCCCAAUGGGUGCUAUGGAAUCUGGGCACGUUGCAACAGGCGAUUCUUCUGCUACCACAAAUUUGGACAAGAACAACUCAGGAGCUGGCGCCACCUCAUCUGGCAAUCACGGCAACGUUGUUGUGCUAGUACCCGUCAUCGUCCCCAAGAGGAACUCCACCACUACUACCUCUUCGUCCUCUUCCUCUGAAGAAAUCUCCACCAAAGAGGUCUUGGGAACGUCCAGCAACAGCGAAGCAAAGCAAGAAGAGUGUGAGGAGGAUGAAGAAAGCCCCGGAGAACAUUUUAUCGUUUCCAAAGAGCGCAACACUGCACCCGCUCAGCCCCCCGUCUUCACCGCAGAGGGACAUGGGUCUACUCACCCUCCUGCAACUGGUACUGCAGGAAACACCAAUGUAGACAGCAGCCGUAUUGUCCACUCUCAUGGCACUACUGGGGAAAGUUUCAUCAAUGAUGACAGUACUGCAAGUUUUACUCCAAGACCUGGACACUCAGGGACGGGCAGCCAUGGAGCCACCAAUGAGGAUGUGGUAGCUACAAGUGGUGAGACUCUUGCUGCUGGUGGUGGCACUCCCUCCAAGGAGAACAACACUUCUGCCAUUGAGUCAGGCACCCCUGCUGCAACCGGUGCCACUGGCACCAGCAACAGUGACAGAGAGGUCCUCGUUUCAGGCAGCGGGGUUGGCACGUCCCGUCCCAAAAACAAGGUUCCAUGCAAGCGGCCAGGAUCUCAAAGCCAGCCAGGUGUGAACUUGAUGUCCUCAUCGGAAGCCGAGAAACGGGUCUCGGAAGAAGGCACCACCCGGAAUGACGCCAUCCAUUCAGAACGUAACAUACCUGGCAAAACCAACUUUCCAGACAAAACCAAUACCUACAGUGGAGGCUUCGGCCUUGCUGCCAACGUAGGGCUCUUCUCUCUUACAGUCUUCUUAGCUGCUCUGUUACAUUGAGCUCCAAGUGACUGCUUUGGGGGGCGCUUUUUAUUUUAGAACUUUUUAUUUUAGAAAUUGAUUCCCAAUUCUAUUUUCAUUCUAGUCUCGCUCCAUUUUUUUGCGAAAGGAAUGUUUAUACCCAGGUAGAGUGUCCUGGAUCCUAAGGAAUCUUUAAGCACAGAAAUGUGAGGCUUCAAACCAAGAUGAUAAACUGGGAUUCCUGGGGUUUGUAAAAGAAUAUGGGUGUGCGCACAAAAGAGAGCGAACGUGUAUAUGCGCCACUGAAUGGAAUCUCAUCUGCUUUACGUAGAAAUGAGAAUGUCACUCUUUGCAUUUUGUAGGCCCUCUACUGCCUUUUCCUGAAAAGAGAGUUUUCGUAUCAGAGUGGUCCUCUGUGAUAGCACGUUGCUAGAGACAAAUAGAUCUAACAUUACCAACAAAAUAUACAAAAAGGCUGAUGAAACGCUAAUAUAUGGCGGUGUGUUUUUCACAGUGCAGCUAGUACAAAGCACAGGCUGGAAUUUAUGUGGCCAAAUCUAGUUGCCUCAAUUCAUAAAUUGCAAGCUUGCAUUUGAAACAUGUUCUAUUUAUUGUGAAAUCUAUAGCUGGGUAUUUAUUUUGUUACUGUUAACUUUUUGACAAUUGCAAGGGACAAAAAGGCCUUAAGGUCAACAAUUCUCAGAAAUCAGACACGCAAAACGUCUCUCUGGGACCAUAAAGGAAAACUUGAUCUCCAGUACCAGUUUAGCCAUCUGCAAUGCAAGGCUGUUACCAAUACAGAGCUAAGCAGAGUUGGAACAGAGAGUAAGAUCCAUGCUUCUGAAACCAGGGCUCAUUUUGAGGGGGAACGCGCCGGAAUGCAGUUCCGGCAGUUCCCCAAAGAGGUCACAUGUCAGGUGGCCCCGCCCACAUGACUCUCAGCCAUUUGGGGCCCGUUUUGGCCUGGAUUGUGGCCGAAACGGCCCGAUCGGGCCUCUGAUGGGUGGAGGAUCACUCUACCACUCAGCAGCGGCCCGAUCCUGACCAUUUUGGGCCCCUUUUCGGCCAUUUUCAGCCCCUUUUUGCCAUUUUGGGCCCAAUUUUGGACCGGAAUGGCCAGGAUUGGGUUCAAAACAGCCAGGAUAGGUGAUGUCAGGGGGUGUGGCAUAUGCAAAUCAGUUAUGCCAAUGACACACUUCCGGUGAUGGCAGGGGGCAUGGCAUAUGCUAAUGAGUUAUGCUAAUUUGUUCCUCCAGCCCUUUUUCUACGAAAUGACCCCUGAAACAGUUGGUCAACUUCAGAAUUAAAACAAACAACUGAACAUUUUAAAAGGCCGUGAGCAUGCUAUGGAAUUCUUCCUUUAGGCAUAAAUGGGGGGAAGAAUGUGUAUCCUUGAAAUAAAUGUUGCCAGAGCUUGAAAUUCAUGCCAGAACUUCUAUUAGUCUCUUAGUUUUCAUCCUCAACUGAAGCAAAGCCUGAAAACGCACAUUGGCUCAUUGUUAUCUUUUUUCUUCUUCUGCAAGUUAGAUUGGAAGUCCCUUGGGGCAGAGUCUGGCUUUUGCUUAUGUAUCUCUCUCUUGUGCCAUGUACGCAGGAAUGUUGAUGAAGUUCUGACAGAUUUGUCGAAUGCAACAUGCAACGCAUCUUUGCUUUUGAAUUUUGCAAAACUCUGCAGUCUGAAGGAGGCAGUUGUGAUGCUAAGAUUCCAAGCAGACUUUUGAACAGCUUCAGUCCAUUUUUUCCUUGCCUGUAAAGUACAGCCUUUGAGAUUCUCAGAUCCAUGGUUGAUCUAUUUGUCUUGUAUGUUUGGCCAUAGAGUAGAUCUCGUUUCUGUCUUCUGUUUCACUCACCCCUUUGCUCCCUUUAUGGUUCCUGGCACACCCCCACACAAAGUGGGGGAUCAAUAAAGUGAUUUUAUUAUUGA